UUCUCUGACGUGGUGCAAGAGGUUUUCCGAAAAGGAGGAGAACGCAAGCCCAAUGGAGUUGGGAAAGCUGGUCCGUAUUUGUGGGCAGCUGGGCCGACGCCACGUCUCCAGCAGUCGUGUGCACGAGCACCGAGGUCCCUAUGCUACGCUGAGUGAUGUGGACGUGGCCACCUUUGAGCGUCUCCUGGGACCAUCAGCUGUGCUCACUGAACCUGCAGACAUGGAGGCUUUCAAUGUGGACUGGCUGCGCACCUGCCAGGGGUCGGGAGCUGCCGUACUGCUGCCACGCUCAACGGAGGAGGUGUCUGCCGUGCUGUCACACUGCCAUGGCCGCCGAUUGGCCAUCUGCCCACAGGGGGGCAACACCGGCCUUGUGGGUGGCAGUGUGCCAGUCUUCGACGAGCUCGUUCUCUCGAUGGCACGCAUGUCCAAAGUGAACACCAUCGACCCAUUGUCUGGCGCGGUGUCGUGUGAAGCUGGGUGCGUGCUGGAGGCACUGGACACGCAGGUGGGCGAAAAGGCUGCGCUCACAGUUCCCCUCGACCUGGGCGCCAAGGGCUCGUGCCACAUCGGAGGAAACGUGGCCACCAACGCAGGCGGCCUGAGGCUGCUCCGCUACGGUCCCCUGCAUGGAUCGGUGCUGGGCCUAGAAGCGAAUUCAAGACAAAAUGUUCUCCCCACGCCUCCCCCCCCUCAGCGUGCCACGCCGCCGCCGAUCCGAUGAAACCCGCGCCGUUCACACGCCGCCGCCGGUGA